AUCGUAUCAAAUGGGACUCCACCCCUUUGUGACUGAGGCGAGGUCGCUCUCGUAGUCGCCAAAUAGACUCGAGCUCAGCCAUGGGUCAAAGACAUCAAGCCUUCGUCAUCGCAAAGGUACAAUCGCAUGGCUCUGCCGAAGCCAAGUACCGCUGUAUUGCGGCAUACCACCACCAGUGGUGCUACGGCACCUUACCUCUCCGCGCCACACGCCGCCUCUUAAUUCUUGUCAGGCAGCCCGAAAACGCUGAAAUAAUUCGCGAAGAGGUCCGCAGUAUAGCCAGCAAGUACGGACGACCUGGGCAGGAGCCUUUCAUUCCGGACAUACCAUGUCCUUUUGUCGCCUUGAUUCUCGCCAACAGCUGGGACAUCGACCUAACCACAGAUAAGGCAUAUUUGAGCGGCCAGUCUUUCCGCGGCCACCUCUCAAGUGCAAACAUGGGCUGCUGGGAUGGUCCAAACGACGACGGUAUCACAGCUGUUGAUGUCACAGACCCCGACAAUCCGACGUACUGCCACAUUUCCGGCGCAAGCUCGGGCCGCAGAAGCUCCAGACAAUAUCUUCUGAGGUACUACGCUCUUCCCAAGCAGGAUGAGCAUGGAGAGCCCGUGGAAGACAGGUCCGAAAGACAUGAGCGACGACUGCUGCAACAAGCUCGAGGAGAUCCUGCCAUAUUGGAGCAAAUCAGGAAGGGGGAACGACAGUUCAAGAAAAGCAUGCUAUCUGCCGUAGCCGACAUGAAGGGGGAGCAGCUCAUGCCUCAGUCGGCCUUAGCAGAAGCGUGGCCCGACGAGUAUACCGUAUUCCAACGCUCGCCGCCUACUGCCUCUAAACCGCCGAAGAUUAAACCCCUCGCCGAGACUAGAACAGAAGUCGCUUCUCUCGUAGAUAUGUCACUCCGCAAGACCAUUCAGCAAUGUAUCGAACUCGUAGACGCCUCUGCUCUUGACGGCCUGGUCUGGCUCUCGGAGAAGAUGCACAUUGUCGAGGAGUGUGUACUCGAGCAUAAUCCCAUGCAGGAUACUGCUCUGCCAGUCCUGUCGAUGCUCCUGAGAGACAUCACAGCGCGCACACAUGCUCUCGAUUUUUCUCAAUAUCCCCUGAUUCCUGACCAGGUCGUCAGUCUCGCGUCCGACUUGACCAGUGUCCGUUCCCUCGACCUCUCUGGAUAUGCGAUCUCAGACGGCCAACUACAUACCAUAGCCAGCAACACGACCAACAUUCGUUCCCUUAAUCUAUCUCGCAAUGACUCGGUCACUACCCAAGGAAUCCGUCAGCUCCUCGUUCAGCUCCCGUCCCUUCAGCGUCUGAUACUCAUGAACUGCCCCUCGGUGUCGGAUGCAGAUCUGGCCGGUCUUGCACGGAAGGAGCCGCACCUCUUCCGCAAUCUCGACGCUAUCAUGCAUCCCCUCUUCCUGCAAGUCACCUUUGCGGACCUGGAUACGCAUGUGGGCGUAGUCACGCGCCGCUUAGAUAACCCCUCACAUCCGCCCGUUGCGAUGUCUGUAGGAAUCGUGAACUCGUCGGACUUUGACCCGUACAUGCAGGGCGUCUCGCUGCCCUUCGUGCACCCGCCGCUCAUUGUGCAGGGCUUCACGGACCUCGCAAGUGCAGCGGCCUCUAUGGAACCCAGGGGGCUGCCGAUGUCUGCCGGGCGUGCGUGCGAGGUCGCGUUUGCGGCGCUGCCGCGAGAGUCGGGGAAGCCCUGGGCCGAACGCACGAUUGUGGUGCCACAGCCUCUCGAUCUUAGUAUGCUCUGCGGCACCGCGUCCGGCUGGAUGUUGUUUAUCAAGCUCCCCGGCUGGUUAUUCCGCGUGAUCUCUGGGUGGGCGUUCCUGCGGUGCUUGGGACCCGACACGCACUCCGCUGCCGAAGCUGAGGUGGAGGAUGGCACUACUGAGGCAACAAUUGGUGCAGUCGGCUCAGAGCCAGAUACCUCACAGCCAUCCACAUUCCCAGCAGGCGACAUGGAAGACAACGAUGAAGAGUCAGAGUUCGCAGAGCACAGUGCGCCGGCGCCGACUUCUCAACCCAAGCUAAACUACGAGUUACAUGAUCUUCGUAGCUUUCUCCGUGUUACAGAGGAAGAGGGCUACCGUCCUGUCUCCGAAGAAGCUGUGGUAGCCCUUGAGGCCGCACUCGAGAAAGUGAAUUGGCCUGUACUUACCAGAGAAGAUAUGGACAAGAUUCUAAGUGGGUCUUCGGAAACUCUGUAGCCCAUACUGCAACCAUGACCUGUGUGCUCGAUACCGUAGACACACUUGGCCCCUGUUCUCAUGUGUCCGGUUAAUUUGACGUGUUAUUGCCCUCACUAAAUGCAACUUGUGCAUGUUUUA